AUGGGUGGACAGAUUGUACUUUUACAGCGUGUGAAAAUGAGUCAUUUUGGGACUGUACCAUCUAGUCGCUACUUUAUGUCAUUUCAAUCCGCAUGUUUCUUUUGGAAAUCGCGACCACACUCCCUUUGUUCCGUUGUAUUGGAAAGAUUAUAUGCGAGGCGGUUGACACUUUUGAUCUUUCCCAAGGCUCUUAGCAAAUUUUGUGCUGAGGGUAACCCAUAUCCUGCGACAAAGUUGUCGCUGCUUUACAACCGCACUAGAACUAUUUCUGCUUGA